CCCGCACCGCCGGUUUCCCUCCCCCGCCACCGCCACCGCCGCAGCAUCGACGACGAGGUAUCCAGCCCACCCGCCUCGCCCCGGCCCGCAGAGAGACGCCGCCCCGCCGCGCAGCAGCUGAGGAGAGGAUGGAUCGGUACCAGAGGGUGGAGAAGCCGAGGGAGGAGGCGCCCAUCAAGGAGAACGAGAUCCGCAUCACGACGCAGGGGAGGAUGCGCAACUACAUCACCUACGCGACCACCUUGCUCCAGGAUAAAGGUUCUGAUGAAGUUGUAUUCAAGGCAAUGGGGAGGGCAAUCAACAAAACUGUGAUGAUUGCAGAGCUGAUUAAGAGAAGAAUUGUUGGUCUCCACCAAAACACCACCACUGGAUCUACUGAUAUCACUGAUAUGUGGGAGCCACUGGAGGAAGGCUUACUCCCACUUGAGACAACAAGGCAUGUAUCCAUGAUAACUAUAACUCUCUCAAAGAAGGAGCUGGACACAUCCUCUAUUGGAUAUCAAUCUCCGUUGCCUGCUGACAAAGUUAAGCCUUUGGUUGAAUAUGACAACGAAGAAGAUGUUCCCUCACCUGCUGGCCGAGGGAGAGGCCGUGGUGGUCGAGGUCGUGGAAGGGGAAGAGGCAGAAGCGCACGUGGAAAUGGUUAUACCGACUAUGCUGAUGGUGGAUGGGAGGAUGACCAUGCUCCUGCAUAUGCGGGCAAUGGGUACACGCGUGGAAGAGGCCGUGGUUUUAGGGGCCGUGGCAGGAGAGGUGGUGGCUAUGGUGUGCAGCCUGAUUAUCAGCAAGAUGAAGGAUACUUCGAUGAAGCACCAGUUCACGCGCCUCCCCGAGGCCGUGGUCGUGGUCGAGGGCGUGGGAGAGGCCCAGUGCGAGGCAGAGGACGUGGUGGCAACGUCAACGGUGUUAUGCAUGCUACUGCAGUUGGCGCAUAAGCUGUCUGCUGCUAUUCCACAGCUGUUGUUUGUUGGAUGCCUGCUCCAAGUAUGAAGAUGUAUCAUCUGUGUUGUUUAUGGGUUAACACCAUACUCUGUAUAAGCUUGACAUUCUGUCAGAAUGCUGCCGGAUUUUGAUUUUAACUAGGUUUGUAGGAUAGUGUCCCUAUAACGCUUGUUUUUCUUCCAGUAGAUGUUGCAAACUAAUUGUAGUGUUCAGUUGGUAAAGGUUUAGAGCAGUGCAUUCUUUCAAUUUUUAUAUAAACCAAAGUCUUGUUGCCAUC